AUGACUGGUUCAUCAGUUCAAAGUAGUCAUGGUCGCCCGAAUUUUGAACUGCGCGAUCGCAACUACAUCCCCGUGAAUGAAUUUGAUUCGCUAAAGAAUGAAUUCGGUACCAAAGCGUUGUUUUUCAAGACGAAUGUUACGAAUCAAUACAGUUUAGAGAUAUCGUUCAAGAUCGCGGUUAUUGCGCUUGGAUCAAUUGAUGGUUGCGUGCCGUGCGCUGGGAUUGCCAUCGACAAACCGUUUCUUGACCAAAAUUGGGAUGAGUUUACCAGGAUCCAAGAGAUCAACGUAAGCACUUUUCUCAUAAAUCAUCUCAUGGUAUUGAUUGCCUCUCAAUCAGUGCACAUAGCUCUCCCAGUCAUGAUGCUAGCCAAAGUGCAGGCAGUUGAACUCGCACCAAGCAACAUCCGGGUCAACACCAUCCCCCCGGGAUUCGUCGACUCUGAAAUGAUGCGAGCAGUCCGAGCAACAAAGUAUGAACGGGCUGGGGCUCAAAUGUGGCUGUCACCGCCGAAUCAACGUCUUAGAACGACGGAUGAUUUGAUGGGGGCCGUGAUCUACCUGCUCAGCGAUGCGGCAAGGCAUACUACGGCUGCGGAUAUACCUAUCACAGGAGGGCUCCAUGCAGGUACGAUUGACGGCAGUAUUAGUUACGAAGUGUAG